ACCGCUGGAGUUUGAGAGCUUCUGGGGAAUGUCAAUUCCUGAUCUCCUGGCUCCGUAGUCCACACCACAGAAUUUUACGCUCCAUACGCCUCGUCGUUUCGGUGUGUAAAGAUGGAGGGUGUAAAAAGCAUCGAGGAUUUCGAGACACGACUUCUGGAGUUAGAAAAACGUGUGUAUGGAGAAAGGGGAAGCCGGAACAAACAAGUGAAGUGUGCCGAUUCUCUUGUGAAGAUCCAAACCGCCCUGGCAAGCACUGCCAACAAGAGAGAACGUGUAAAAAUCCUACACAAAAAGAUUGAAGACCUGAUGAAGUAUCUAGACCCUAAAUUCACUGAGCACAUCACUGUUCCUGACAGCAUGAAACUGGAGUUUAUUUUAGCUGAGGAUGAAUUCCUGCUGUCUCAGGCUGCACUGCUGGAACAAGUUAGCAGUCUUCUGCCCGUCCUUGACAGCAGCUACAUCAGAGCUGUUCCAGAGCAUUCAACAAAACUGCAGAGCCUCUCACAAGUCCUUGUCACACAGCAGGACAAAAGUGAGGAGUUGUCAGCCGACGUCCGGAAACAAUUCGAAAAUUACAACAAGAUGAUGUUAUUGCUGUCCAAGCAAUUUUCCCAGUGGGAUGAGACACUGCGACAGCUGGAGGAAGCCAAGCAAGUCAAACCAGUGGACUAGUGCUGUCACUGUGUGGCCUACAAUAUGACCUUCUUUAGACAGCCCCUCUCACACCAUAUGGGAGUGCAUGUUACCUCUCCCACUUGGAAAAAAUAUUUCUUCAAUCUGUUUAUGAAAAUAAAUCAGCUGGGGCAGUAAAAUGGUCAUAUCAGUUCAGUGUUGGUCCCUGUUCACAGCUACGUCGUCUCAAUUCUGUUCUCAGCAUGAGGACUCUCACCUUAUUGUAACCAAUUGAAUCAAUGUUUGGGCAUACAAUGAUUGUUUUCCCCCAGUGAAUAUGUGUAUAUAAGAGAGGUAAAUGUUUUUUCAGAAACUGAAAAGGUCCACAAUAAAGUUAUUAAAAAUGUCUUUGUUUAAUAUUGAAUAAAAGUCUAUUAAUUUA